CCGCCGCCCACGCCCACGCCGCCGCCCUGCUCCCCGGCCGCGCCCACCGCUCCCCCAUGACCACGACGGGCGCCCACGAUGAAUGGAUACCCCUACUCGUCCCAGCUGGACCUGGCCGCCGACAUGGGCGCCUACGGGCCUGCCGGCACCGAGGGGCAGUCGCUCGAUGACAUCGUCUCGCAGAACGACAAGAACCGCCGCCAGAGCGCUCCGGUCUACGCGCGCCAGCCCCAGCAGCAGCAGCAGCAGCAACAACAACACCAACAACAACACCAACAGCAGCAGCAGCAGCACCAGAUGCACCUGGCCAGCCCGACGCGCACCAUGUCGCUGAUGAGCUUCGGCAACAACGGCGCCACCAUGGACGACUUUGCCUUCGACAUGACCAGCGCCGCCGGCAUGGACAACAUGAUGCGCGCCAACGCCUUCCCGCGGCCCAACGGCGACGGCGACCUGGCCAUCAAGACGCAGUUCUCCACCGCCGCCUCGCCAUUCACCAGCAUGGCCGCGCCGGGGUCCAGCUACGCCUCGCCCAUCCACGCGACCACUGACCUGGACAUGAUGAGCCCGUACCCCGGCAACAUGAACAUGUCGCUAGACAUGGACGACUCACUCAACAUGAUGCAGACCGACAUGCACAUGUUUGGAAAUAAUUUCAACACGCAGAUGAUGGAGUCGCCCGUCAACGCCAACAAUGCGCCCAUGAACGCCAACAACGCCAACAACACGCCCAUCAACCGGGGCGAGGACUUCAUCGGGCCGCUGCCUGCGCCCCAGCGAGACGGCAGCAUGGUUGGCCAGCACCAGGGCCAGCACCAGGGCCAGCACCAUCAAGCGCAGCACCAAAACCAGCACCAGCACCAAUUCAACAUGCAGUCGCAGAACCAAAAUCAAACCCACAGCCACUUCACGACCCCGUCCAUGAGUAAUACGCCAGACGGCCGGUCGGUGCCCUCGCUCCCCAGCGGUCAGAACAGCCAGCCGGACCAGAGCCGAUCCAGCAGAGAGCAGAGCCAGCAGCGCCCAGAUACCAACAACAACAGCACACCGACCCAGCUGAGUCUGGCAUCGCUCGAGAACCAGCGUCCGAUCGCACAGAACCCGGCCCAGACUCUGUCCAACGAGAGGCUCGAAAAAAUUAAAAGCUUGAAACUGCCCUGGGCAGAACCCUCGGGCGGCUUUCCCUCCUCCAUGCACGCCAAACCGCACAUGCAGACACAGUUCAAGAACGCCUACUCUUCGUCUGGUUUCGACAUGCUGGGCGUCCUCAUGCGCGUAGCCACACGGCCCGAUCCGCAAAUCGACAUUGGGUCCGUGGACCUGUCGUGCGCCUUUGUCGUGUGCGACGCCGACAUGGACGACAUCCCGAUUGUGUACUGCUCCGAAAACUUCGAGCGCCUCACCGGCUACACCAGGCACAUGAUUCUCGGGCGGAAUUGCCGCUUCUUGCAGUCGCCCGACGGCAAGGUCGAAGCCGGCAUCAAGCGCAACUACUGCGACGACGACUCGGUGCUCUACCUGAAGAACACCAUCAGCGCCGUGACGGAAGCACAGAUCAGCCUGAUCAACUACAGGAGAGGAGGGCAGCCGUUCAUGAAUCUGCUGACCAUGAUUCCCAUCUCGUGGGAGCCUGGUGGCAAGGUCAAAUUUUUCAUCGGAUUCCAGGUCGAUCUCGUCGAACAGCCCGGCGCCAUGACAAACAAGAACGCAGACGGAUCGUAUAGAGUCAAUUACCAACGCGGCAUGUCCAUGCCAAGCUAUGUCUUCAACGACGCGUCUAAGCCGCAACCGGAACAGGGUCAGACCAUCUCCAAGGAUGAGGUUUCGAAUGUGCUUGCCUCGUACACCGGCACAGGCGACUCGGAAAUCACGCGCCGCAUCUGGGACAAGGUGCUGCUCGAAAACACAGACGACGUCGUGCAUGUCCUGUCGCUUAAGGGGCUGUUCAUGUACCUGUCGCCGUCCAGCAACCGGAUACUGGAGUACGACCCGAGCGAGCUUGUGGGGACGGCUUUGUCGUCUGUCUGCCAUCCCAGCGACAUUGUGCCGGUGACAAGAGAACUCAAGGAGACUAGUAAUGGUGGGUCUGUCAACGUCGUGUUCCGCAUUCGGAGAAAGAAGAGCGGGUACAUGUGGUUCGAGGGGCACGGCUCGCUGCACACCGAGCAGGGCAAGGGCCGCAAGUGUAUCAUCCUCGUCGGCCGCGAGCGUCCGGUGUACACACUGAGCAAGUCGAUUGUCCGCGAGUCCGGCGGAAUUGGCGACAACGAGCUGUGGACGAAGAUGUCGACGUCGGGCAUGUUCCUGUUCGUGUCGUCGAACGUGCGCCAGCUGCUGGACCGCCAGCCCGAGGAGCUUGUCGGGACGAGCAUCCAGACGCUCAUGCGACAGGAUUCGAAGAUAAGCUUUGGGCGCAUUCUCGAGCUCGUGAGAGGCGGGCGGAAGGGAGAAGUCAAACACGAGAUGAUCAACAAGAGAGGACAGGUGCUACAGGCUUUUACUACCAUCUACCCCGGCGACGCCACCGAAGGCCACAAACCGACCUUCGUCGUCGGACAGACUCGCUUGUUGAAGUACUCCAGGAACAGCAACGGCCAGCGUCCCUCGAUAUACCAGACCAAGGACACCAGCUCGCAGAGCGCGCUGCAGCCACGCUUCAGCAGCGCCUCGCCCAUGCCGCAGUCGCUGUCCGGCGCCGGCUCGAUGAUCGCCUCGCCCAACCCGCACUUCAACACCACCGAAGCCAACGGCACCACCUUUGCCGGCCACGACGGCCUGACCAUCGGGCACCAGGACCACAGCCUCGCCUCCGACGACAACGUCUUCGACGAGCUCAAGACGACGCGCAGCACCAGCUGGCAGUACGAGCUGCGCCAGAUGGAGAAGCGCAAUCGCUAUCUCGCAGAGGAGGUCCAGAGCCUGCUCGCCGCCAAGAAGAAACGCAAGCGCAGAAAGGGCGCGGGGCAGCUGCAGAAGGAUUGUGCGAAUUGCCAUACGCGCACGACGCCCGAGUGGCGUAGAGGGCCCUCUGGGAAUCGCGAUUUGUGCAAUUCGUGCGGGCUGCGCUGGGCUAAGCAGCAAGGGCGCGUCUCCCCCCGCACCUCCUCCGCCGCCUCCGACAAGAGCAAGAAGAGCAACACCUCGCCCCUGCACACCGUGCAGACCCAGUCCAGCAUCCCCGAUCCGCCGUCCGCGAGCCAGGCGGGCCUUGCAGGCCAGUCCGGUCUCGCCGGCCAGAGCCAGCCGGGCUCGAAACGCACGCCCGAGCACGCGGGCAUCGAGGACAGAAGCGGCGUCAAGCAUGCCAGGCCCGAGGGCGCGCUGGGGUUCGCGGUGCCGGAGAAGAUCGAGGAGGAGUGAGCACGUCACUACUCUGCCUGCCUUCUGUUUUGCGUUUUCCGUUUGACGAUACCCCUGCCCUUGCAAAUCUUCUUCU